CCCCCAAUUCCUUCUCAACCAUGGCUAGAUAACCCCCACGACAGUCUCGUUGUGGAAAUAGAAGACACGUCAAAGAACCGACAAGAAACACUUGCGUUACAGUGUGUGUAUUCACACACACACAUGUGGCGCUCGCACGGUCGAGUCUCAUUGGCGGGCCAACGUCUCUGGGCGGGCCAGGCAGAGUAAGGGGAGGAGCUGAGAUUCCUCAUGACGUCAUGAGCACAGAUUUCCAAAUCAGCGCGCUUGAGCCUCCGUUUUUUCAAAGGCGAGCAGAACAGCUAGUGCUCGUUUUACACCAAACGCAAGUUUUAGCCACUGGGGGACCAUAGGCAGGCUAGGGGAACUCAUAUUUAUGUUAGAAAACCUCAUAAAUUGAGAUUUUCAUGUCAUGGGACCUUUAAGUACAUAAGCUGCUCCCACAUAGCCAUUAGGAAGCAGGAUCGAACACACAAGCUGCAUUACCCUCACAUAGCCACUAGGAAGCAGGAUCGAACACUUAAAGGCCAUGGUGCAGGUUUUAUUUUUUUCGGAUUUGCGCCAUUUGCGUGUUGGUAAUAAACAUUUUAAUGGUUACCUAUUGUAUUUAAUGUGGUUGGGUAUCACAAAACGGAAUUUAAUACGAAAAAGUGGGUCAUAUUGGAGCGGUUUGCGAUAGCUUCUCAUUUCUCCCGGAAACCGUUGCAUGACGUCACGGUAGGGAGACGACAGACGUAGCCCUUCGAGACCCAUUGAGAGUAGAGAGUACGAGAGAGAUAAGAGACAGAUAAGUAAGAGAUAAAUACAUAGAUACAUAUAUAGAUAGCCUAGAUAGAUAGAUGGAUAGACAUAUAGAUAGAUAGAGAUAGACAGAAUAGAUAGAUAUAUAGACCGAUAUAGAUAUAGACCGAGAGAUAGGGAGACAGGCAGACAGAUAGCAUAGCAUAGCGAGUUAGGUAGGUAGGUAGGUGUAGCAUAGCGAGUUAGGUAGGUGGGUAGGUAGGUGUAGCUUUAGAAUGGUGUACAACUGUGUUUGUGCUGGGUGUAAUAAUUCUAGCAGAACAGGACACAGGGUCCAUGCCUUUCCGAAGGACAAGGCAACCCUCAGACAGUGGGUACAGUUUGUCCGCGUUAGACGGGCAGAUUUUUCUAUUCCCUCGGUCACUAAGAACUCCAAGGUCUGCAGCGCUCAUUUCACGGAGGAAGAUUACGACCAAGGGGAUAUCAGGAUGGUAUCUCUCGGGUUAAAGAGGCUGGCACAGCUUAUUCCGAACGCCGUGCCUUCUGUGCACACGCAUCUCUCUGCCUGCCCUGCCCCGAGACCGAGAGGCACCAAGAUCAGUGCCGCCAGCCGCAAGCGAGAGCUGGCUAUGAUGUUGACAGAUGCCUCACCGUGUGAGACCACGGACAGUGUCAAUGCUGCUACGGUAGAGGACCCCUUGCCCUACUCCACUUGUGACACUGGGACACAAUGUAUUUUGAAGCCCCUUGGAAGGUCUCACGCUGUGCAAGUGAACCUGAAGCCCAAGAUGGUCAGCAUGGGGACACAAACUUUCACCCCCCUCACUAGUCCUGACCCAACGGAUGGAGAAGAUGAUCUCUCUGUCAUCAGUGAUGCAUCAUGGGUACCAGGAGACCAGAUGUCUGAGGAGGAUGAGGAGGUGUUGUGUGAGGAGCCAUCUCAAACUUGUGACCCCCACCAAAAUGGCAUUGACAAAUUCAUUGUUUGCCAAGAGGAGCUCAUGGCCCUGUUUGCCAUCUGUCCGGCCUGUUGUGAGAAGUCAGAUAGUAGAAUCGUGCAGCAGGAAGGAACAUUUGUUAAAAUAGAGCAGGUCUGUGCAUGUGGCUACCAGCGUUUCUGGCAAAACCAGCCGAUCCUAAACAGGAAUAUGCCAACCUGUAACCUCCUUUUAAGCGGGGCCAUCCAUUUCUCUGGAUGUUUGGCCACCCAGACAUUACGGAUGAUGACCCUGUUUGGCCUUCAGUGCAUCAGCGCAAGCACUUUCUUUCGCCAUCAGCGCCGUUACACCAUCCCCGUCAUCAUUCAGGCCUGGCAGAACGAGCAGGCCAAGAAUUUUAGUGACCUCAAGGCAAUGGAUGGAGGCCUAGUUGUUGCUGGUGACUGCAGGUCAGAUUCUCCAGGGCACUGUGCAAAGUACGGCUCCUACACAUUGAUAGAGGACAGAGUAAACAAGGUGGUUGAUGUUCAGCUUGUUCAGAGCUCAGAGGUCCCCAACAGCUCUUGGUGUGAGAUGGAGGGGCUCAAGCGCAGCAUCGGCUUGCUGAGGCGGAACGACCUGCAUUUGUCAACCCUCAUCACAGACAGACAUCGCCAGGUUGCCAAAUGGGUGAGAGAAGAGCUGUGCCCUGAAGGGACACAGCAUUAUUUUGAUGUCUGGCACAUUGGGAAAAGUCUGGGGAAGGCCUUGGAUACAGCCUCAAAAGACAGACAGUGUGAACAACUACAGUUGUGGAGGCCAGCCAUAGUAAACCACCUGUACUGGACUGCAGCCUCAACCCCUGAUGGCAAUCCAGCUGUGAUGGAGGCCAAAUGGAGAAGCUUGGUGAAUCACAUUCAGGACAUCCACGACCAUGACACCCCUGCCUUCUCCAGUUGCGCUCAUGCCCCUCUGGAGGGGGAUCAACGAGAUAAAGAGUGGCUGGAACCAGGCUCAAUGGCAGCAGUAAAACUGGAGGGUAUCAUCACAAGGACAUCCUUACUGAAGGAUGUUCGACAGCUGUCUCCGCAGCACCAGACUUACUCCCUUGAAGCCUUCCACUCCCUGAUCCUGCACUUCGCACCCAAGCACACUGGGUUUUCAUACCAGGGCAUGUAUAGCAGGCUUCUCUUAGCGGCGCUGCAUUACAACCAUAUUGCGAACAGAGAGACCGCACGAAGAAGCGAUGGUUUGGAGAGGUAUAGCGUGCGAUAUCCACGUUUCAGAAAAGGUGCCUGGGUAGUUGUGCCCAUCAAAGAGAAGGCCUCAUACGGUUAUGCAACGUCAUUAAUCGAGGCUCUUCGGGAGAGCUACAUGGAUUCACCCAAGGCUCUUCAAGAGGUUAGCGCCAAUUUGUCAGCCUGUGCACCCGCCCCCAUCGCCAAAUCCUUCGAACAAAUUCCCAAGGAGGAGGCCGUCAGCCUCUAUCUAGCCCAGCAGUCACGCUACAAAAAAUUGAAUUAGCAUAGUUUUUUUCCCCACACAGGCCAAUCAUUUAGUUGUGAGUAUGUAU